AUGAGUGGACUAAAUAUUAAAGAGUUGAGACAAAAAGGCAAGGACCCUAGAUUUUGUCUGCAAGUUUCGACAGACUUACUAGAUGAAAUUGUUGAGUCACUAUUAAGUGAAAACCAUAUUAAUGAUUCGGAUACUAUUGACUUGUUUGCUACAAUUUCGAAUAUUUUGCUUAUUAACAUAGGACUUCGUAAUACACACUUCAUUCCAAACUAUUCUGUACGAUCAAUUGAAUUCUUGGACAGAUUUAUUAACCAGUCCCUUUCAGAAAGUGAUACACCGGAUAAAUACGAUUUUGGAAGAUUGGUUCCAGUUUAUCGUUUGAUAUUUUUAAUACUAUGCAACGAAUUGAAUCACAUGGAUACGAAAACUAUUGCUGCCACGUAUUCUUUAUUAAUUUUGGGGUUCGAAUUUUGCUUCAGUGUCUUUGAUAAUUAUAAGAAGGACGAUAACUACCAAAAGGCAUUUGCUGAGGUUUUGAAAGGUUUAUAUACGUUUCAGCAUAAACACGCAUAUGGAGAGCAAUUGAAUAAAGAGAAUCGGUUAAUUAAUGAGGGUAUUUUAUAUAGUUGCAUUGUUGUGACAAAUAACAUAAUAGAGGAUGUAAAGGAUAUACGUUUGUUACUGGAUAAUGAAUUGUUGUUAAUGAAAUAUCUUUUGAACUCAAUUUUAGGGCUAUUGACGCAUGAGCAAAAUGUUAAUAAAUUUUGUAUUAAGAAUAAUGAUACUAAUAACUCAUUUCUUCAUAAUCUUAUGACGCUUAUAGAAUUCCAAUUAGAAAGAUAUUCUGAUAAAGCAUAUACUAAAUUCGAUUUGACUGAUGUGAUGAACCUUUUGGUUAUAAUCAAUUACAUUUCUAAUAGAAUCAUAUUGCAAUAUAACGAACCUGAAUCUCAAGACGCUAGUUAUUUGCUAUACUUUAUAUCUAUAUUUGUUGAGAAAUUAUUGCCUAUGAAUAAUGAUAUUACUAUCUAUAACAAGUUGAUGUCAUUAAUUUUGACAUCAAAUAGCAAUACUUUGACAAGUAAUGUGAACAUAGCUAAUUUGACCAAUCUUGCGAACAUUAAAAGCCUUAUUCUUGAAUGUAUUUACAAUUUAUCAUGGAAUCCAGAGACUAAAUGUGAUGAACGUAUGAGUCAGUUUUUAGAUUUGGUAGGUUAUAGAAAUGCUCAGGGGUUUAUAAUAGCUAAUAAUUUGCAAGUGCUGCUGAAAAUUGAUACAGAAAGCGUUCAAUCUCCAAACCCCAAGUAUUUGGAUAAGAAUAACAAAAACAUUGAACAUGAAUUUUCCAAAAUUUCAUUAGAUUCAAUAUUUAAUAAGGACAAGCCAGCAAAUAGUAACAACCUAAGUAACAAAGAAAAAGAGUUGGAAGCUGAAAAGUUAUUUGUGCUUUUUGAUAGAAUGGAAAAGAAUGGGGCUUUUCAAGGGUUUAAAAAUCCGGUAAGAGAAUGGCAACAACUGGGAAAAUUUGAAAAUUUACCGGACGACGAUAAUUAA